UCCCCAUGCCUAUUGAGUAUAACUUAAUUUUAUCUCAAAGAUUUAAUCAGUUUUUGCAUUAAUCCAACUUAAAACUUUUUGUAAAGGUGACCGUGAGUGACAGUGAUGGAACAGCAGAGGGCGGGAGUCCCGGGCAGGAACAGCGCCUCACGGUCGUUGUGUUUGCAGACGGUCCCUUGGCUCUGACAGCACCGCGGCAGCAGCGCGCACGCGCAGCCGCUCCGAGCCGCUCAGCCAUCAGCAGAGCGGCGAGCGCGAGGCAGCCAGCCGUCCUCCAGAGAGAGCCAGCGCCGGGCCGGGCGGGAGGUGUGUGAACAGGUGGAUUCCGGAUCACUUGUAGAUGGAUUUCAGGGGAGCUUGGAGCCGCGUGGCCGUGAUGUUCCAGCCUCCAUCUUCACUGCGAUAAAAAGAAGAAAUGAGCGGAUUGUAGAGCUGACAGGCGGAGUGUGCGCCAACAGCAGGAGAGCUGACGGUAAAUGAGAGGCCAUCACCAUGCACCCGGGGAUAUAUGGGAUGCUGGAGGAGUGGGAGGAUGGGGAGCAGGAGAUCAACAUGGACUUCCUGCUCCCAACUGGGAUCUUCCUCAAAUUCCCUGUGUCUCGAAAUGACACUAUCAAACAUAUCAAAGAGAUGGUUUGGAGAAACGCCAGAAGCGAGGCUCUGUUCAGUGGACUGGGUGAUCCAGACGGUUAUGUGUUCACCUGCAUUAACCAGACGGCUGAGAGGGAGGAGCUUGAAGAGGAGUUCAGGCGGAUAAGGGAUGUGAAGCCUUUCAUGUGUGUGCUGAGGCUGGUGGCAAGGGAGGGCAACAGACAAGAAAAACUCACCAACACCCAGAUCAGCCUGCUGAUUGGCAAAGGUCUGCAUGACUUUGAGACCCAGAAGAACCACGAGGUCAACGAGUUUCGAACAAAGAUGAGGGCGUUUUGUGAAGAGAAAGCCCUGGAGAGGCAGAAUUUACCAUGGCAACGAUGGCUGGAGUACAGCUUCCCGUGUGACCUGGAGCCAUGCCGCACGCCGUCUGGGUUUGGGAGUGUGAAGAUAAAAAGCUCGAAGAUUUUCAUCAAUGUCAAGUUUGAGGCUUCUGAUGAAAGCUUCAUGCUGCAGCAGGACUGUCAUGACCUUCCUGUGGCACUGAUGAAGAGCGCCCUGAAGAAGAAGGCCACAGUCUUUCGCUCGCUGAGGCAGGAGCCGGAGGACUAUAUCCUACAGGUCAACGGGAGAUGGGACUUCAUCUAUGGGAAACACCCACUCUGCCAGUUCAAAUACAUCUUCUCGUGUUUGAGAAACGGUCAGAACCCGCAGCUCACCAUGGUGCACCACUCCACCGUCAGCAGGUUCCAGGAGGAGCAGAGCAGAAUGUGCAACCAGAUGUUCAAGACUCGCUCCCUGUCCAGACCUCCUCCUCUGCCCCUGAAGAGGCAGAAUACCUCCUCUUUGUGGUCCAUUAAUGAGCCCUUCUACAUUCAGCUGCUGCAGGGCAGCCGAGUCAAUGCAGACGAAGGCAUGAAGCUUGUGGUGCAGGCCGGUCUGUUCCACGGCAGCGAUCUGCUCUGCAAGGUGGUGACGAGCUUGGAUGUGACGGUGUGCUCGGAGCCGAUGUGGGAUCAAAAGCUGGAGUUUGACAUAAACGUGUCCGACCUGCCCCGCAUGAGCCGCUUGUGUUUCGCGCUCUACGCAGUCAUUGAGAAAACCAAGAAACCGAAAAGCACCAAAAAGAAGAAUAAGAAAGCGGACUGUCCAAUAGCGUGGGUGAACACCAUGGUGUUUGACUACAAGGACCAGUUAAAGACAGGGGAAUUUCUCCUAUCUAUGUGGCCGUCUGUACCUGAUGACAAAAGUGACCUGUUGAACCCGAUGGGGACGGUGGAGAAGAACCCCAACGUGGAGAGCGCUGCCGGCCUCCUCAUUCGCUUCCCCAACAUUCGACCUCACCCUCUCUAUUAUCCAUCACUCGAAAAGUUAAUGGACUUUGAGAAGAAUGGAGACGUGGUGUACACCCCUAAGGAUGAGCACUUGAAACUUAAAGAAAUCAUGGACAACAAACAUUACACAGAGUUUUUUGAAGAUGAGAAAGAUCUCCUGUGGAAGCUCCGCACAGAAAUCCGGGAGCACUAUCCGGAAAGUUUGUCCAAGCUGCUCCUCAUCACUAAAUGGAACAAACGGGAGGACGUUGUUCAGGUGGUGAGUCUACUGAAAAAAUGGCCUGACCUUCCUGCCAUUCAUGCCCUGGAACUCUUGGACUACAGUUUUCCCGACCCGGCUGUCCGUGCCUUCACUGUCCGCUGCCUGAGGAAGCUCAGUGAUGAUGAGCUGCUGCAGUACCUCAUCCAGCUGGUCCAGGUUCUGAAGUAUGAGUCCUACUUGGACUGUGACCUCACCACCUUCCUGCUGGAGAGGGCCUUAUCAAACAGGAGGAUAGGACACUUUCUGUUCUGGCAUCUUAGGUCAGAAAUUCACGUGGCGUCUGUAAGUUUGCGCUUUGGCCUUAUUUUGGAAGCAUACUGCCGGGGAAACAUCCACCACAUCAAGAUUUUAAACAAACAGAAUGAAGCUCUGGCAAAAAUGAGAGCCCUGAGUGACUUUGUCAAGUCAGGCUCCCAGAAAAUGACAGUAGAGGACUUGAAGCUGUGCAUCAGACAGGAAACCUACCUGGAGGCCCUGUCAGACCUGCUGUCGCCACUCAACCCCAGCAUCAUCCUCACGGAUAUCUGUGCAGACAAGUGCAGGUUUAUGGACUCAAAGAUGAAACCUCUCUGGCUGAUGUACAAGAACCCCUCAUCCCCAGGAGACAUGGUGGGCGUCAUCUUCAAAAACGGCGAUGAUCUUCGGCAAGACAUGUUGACUUUGCAGAUGAUUCAGCUCAUGGAAAAUCUGUGGAAGAAAGAAGGUCUGGAUCUCAGGAUGAUCCCAUACGGCUGCUUGUCCACGGGGAACAAAAUGGGACUCAUUGAGGUGGUGAAGAACUCGGACACCAUUGCAAACAUUCAGCGCAACAGCAGUAACAGUGCAGCUACAGCCGCCUUCAACAAGGAUGCUCUGCUCAACUGGCUUAAAUCCAAGAAUCCUGGCGACAAGCUUGAACAAGCAAUAGAGGAGUUUACAUUGUCCUGUGCUGGCUACUGUGUAGCUACAUAUGUGUUGGGAAUUGGAGAUCGCCACAACGACAACAUCAUGAUCAGAGAAACUGGACAGCUGUUCCACAUCGACUUUGGCCAUUUCCUGGGCAACUUCAAGCGUAAACUUGGGAUCAACAGAGAGCGUGUUCCCUUCAUCCUGACGUACGACUUUGUGCAUGUGAUUCAACAAGGAAGGACAAACAACAGUGAGAAGUUUGAGAGAUUCAGGGAAUACUGUGAGCAGGCCUACAAGAUCUUGUGCAGAAACGGAACGCUGUUUGUCAACCUCUUCGCCAUGAUGAAGGCCGCAGGGCUGCCUGAGCUCACCAGCUUCAAAGACAUCCAGUACCUAAAGGUACCUAUCAAUACAAAUGCUACUGAUAAGACAGAUAUUGGUCAGAAUACUCACAAGUGUUUCUUGAUUUUUUUUCUUCCUAAGGACUCCUUAGCUUUGGGCAAAACAGAGGAGGAAGCACUGAAGAACUUCAAAGUCAAGUUUAACGAAGCUUUGCGGGAAAGCUGGAAGACGAAGGUCAACUGGAUGAUGCACUCCUUAGCCAAAGAUAACAGACCAUAAAGAGCACUGCAUCAGUGAAAUGUGCCAACAAUUUCAGACUUUUUAUUUAUAGGCCUGAAAAGGGAGAAAAAAACAUUUUAUAUUUCAGAUGGUAUUUAAGGAGAGACUUUAGUAAAUGUUUACAAGGGUCUGGCCUGCUGACGGUAAACCACAAAGUAGAAGCUUCAGGAGAACACGAGAGGAUUACGGUGCAUCGUUCCAAGGAGUUACUGUCCCAUUUGUCAUCCUGCUCCAAAAUACUAAUGGAAUGCCUUUGCCACUGUAAGGUGAUUACCCAGUUCAAGUGUCUCUUUUAAAACUGCUACUUGAAAGCCAACUGCUCAAACAAAGUGCCAUAAACCACCGAAGAAGAAGAAGAAUAAAGUUCAUCUUGCAAACGGCAUUACUCAGCAGGGAGAGGGCUGCAAGCAACCAGCAUCAGGACCAGAAACGUCGCCGAGUCUGAGUACGACAAUAAACUGGCUGUGUCACCUCAGGACAUUUGUAAGGUUUACAACUCUCAAUGUCUCUUCCAUUUGUUUUCAACCAGCUUUUACAAUUUUGUUUGUGUUUUUAUUUUUGUGAUAUUUUAUUUAAUGAUGUCGUUUUAAGCACUUAUGAAGGUCAUUUUGGAAAAUCUGUGUUGUGUUUCAAGGCUUGAUACUUGAUAAGAGAGGUCCAUCCAUACUGUACAGCAUUUUGUCCAUUGAGUUUGUCAAUGGGAUUCAUUCUAAGAAAAGAUAUUGUCCUAGAAUAGAAAGUAUGUUUGUGACCUUUUGCAGCCUGAGACAGUGGGUUGCUAGAGGUUCUUUUGGAAGGGAAAAUGGAGGUCAUCAUCUUUUCGUGUUAAUGUAGUUCCCUCCUGUGCCGUUACACAUAACUCGAGAACCACAGAAAUGAAGUAAGUCAGAACACUUUCAAGGAAGCAUGAGUAGAGAAAUGGUUAGCAGCUUCCUUCUCGUUUUCUCUUCUGAAGAUCAUCAGAAAACGGUCUCAAAAGAAGACCUGCAUCCAUGUGCAGGCCCACAAACCUGAAGUUAGGCCCCCUCUCAACAUGCUACCUUUGGGUGCCGACCGUUGACUGGAUAUAGAACUGGAGUGACCAGCUGUGAUGUCACCCAUAGAAGAUGCCUUACCUCUGGCUCCAGCGAAAUGAAGCCAAUACAGUUGCCAUUUUUCUGCAGUACAGUUUGGAGCCAGUCGACAGUGAUUGGUCCGAGUCUUCUGAGUAAACUUUUCUAGGGAAACUACUGUCGCCAACAAUGAAUGAGCUUGUUCGAGUCCACACCCCUUCCACUGAUAGCGGCCCAGGAGAAUCUGUCAAUCAAAUGUAUCAGAUAAAGAAUGGUUAUUCUGACAAAUAUAAUGACUGAAUUAUAGUUGUUUAUUUCUCAAUCAAAGUUUAUGGUAUUUUGGCUUCUUGGAGCCAGCAGAGACUUCCUAUUUGGAACCUGAGAGAGGUCUGUCCAGUUCUCUACAUACAGUCAAUGAUGCAGACGAGCUGUAGGUCAGACUUCCCCUUUCUGAAAUCCACAAGAACAUUUUAAACCUCAUCACUAUUUUCUUUCAUUGCCACUAGAGAUCAGUCCCACCACAGUUGCCUAUGUGCUAACAGAGAUGAAGCAUUGUACCAUGAGUUUAUUGCAAUUCAGUUUUUGGUAAAACAGAAUCUUGAGGAUUAAUCUGACCCAUCCAGCUGUUCUUUAUCAACGCAUUCGCUUUUGAAAGCUCACCUGUGAAAUACCAACCAAGCUUAGUUUAGUGUCUAAAAGGCAAGGCAACUAAAAGGCAAGCUAUCGCAGCUGUUCCUCCUUGUCUAACGUCCCCAUUUUUACAAUGUCUUCACAUAUUCUUUAAUCCAAAACUGUUGAAAUCGACAUUUCUUCAAGCUCAGAGCUUCAGCUGAUGACAAAUCAAAGAAACAGACAAUCUGAAGAAAUCACCAUAGACUUAAAGUUAUUUUUGCUUCCUUUUUGACGUUAGCUGGAAUCUAAAUGUAUAUGUACUUUGUCAGAGGAAGUUUUGUUUGUGGAUGUGAGUGGGCAUUAGUGAGCUUGUAUAUGUGGAUCUGCAUUUUUGGCCAUGUGUGCCAGGUGCCACGACAGAGAUUGCAUUCCUACUAUAACGUGAUGCAGCACAAAUAUGUAUUUAUAAAUGAAAAUGAGCCUGUAUGUUUCUUUUAAAUGUGCUUUUUAUGACUUUAAAUGCUGUAUAUUAUGUUAUGUGUUCUAUAAGAAGAACUUGAAAGAAUUUAUGGAUUUAUUUUGGGGAACAGUAGAAAUGUUUCCUUUUUUAAGUUAAAUCGAAGAACAAUUUUCCUUACAGAAGAAUAUGUGUAGCUGCAGAUGAUGCAAGCCAUAAGUUUAAAAACCUAAAGUAUUUGCUGUUGAAUUUAAACAAUACUUAUCCAUUAAUAUGCGCUCCAGUUUAUUUCAGCUGUUUUGGGUCAAAAAGAUGAAGCAACAUUUGACGGUUCAAAAAAACACUGCUUUUUCAUGUUGAAUUUAUUGCAAUCUGUGGUUUUUCAAAUGGCAGAAACUCCUGCAGGUUUGAGCUCAGUUUAAAUGUGUGCAGCUAAAACAAAUACUCCGUCAUCAGCCGUGAACCUGUUGUUUAUCUGCAUCUUAUGUCAGUGUGACAAAACGUGCCAAAUAAAGAGUUUGCAAC